UGCCCAUUGUUCCUCAAGACGGGGCGAGAAAUGGGCGUACUGCGCGGCGUAUUUUCCGUAUUCUCUCUCUCUCUCAUUCGUCUCAGGCCUGCGUAUUUUACGUAUUUGGAUCGCUAUAAUCUUUGUGCAAGGUUUAUUCUCAAGUAGUUAAAGUGGCGAAUAAUGUGAUCGCGAGUGACUUACUAAUGCUUAGAGUGACUUGCUAACUGACACGUUUUCAUACAGUAUAUUGUAAUUCAUCAUAUUUUAUUAAUAUUAAUAAUUGUACGUUGAAAUAUCGAAGUAUCAAAUUGAGAGAGAAAAACUUAAUAUCAGGGGUCAAAAACUCGGCAUGCCCCAAUCAAUACAUCAUUCUUCAAUAUAAAUGUUUAUAAUGUUAGUAAUAAUUUUAUAUACCUUAUACAUUAUGGAAUUAUGUACAUUAUUGAAAUAUAUUCACUAUGGGGAAAUUUAUAUUGAUGUUUCGUGAAUUCAAGACUAAGCAAAAUCGACUCUCGAAAGUGCAAGGUAUCGAUACGCAGCUGACGCCCUCUCAUGAGCUUCACAUUCACUCCUAACCGCGCAUUCCAAAGCAGUUCAACGCAUUGGAGGUAUCGAGAAAAAUGGUGGCAUACCAAUGGAGGAAAAGGAGAUCUGCAUCUACUUCUUCUUAUCGAUAAAAUUGGGUGGAGCUUCAGCGUUUAUACGAUGCUUUCAUGCUUGAAAUCAACUUACACCAGUUCAUGAAAUUCUUCAAAAAAGACAGCCUCAUGGUGUAGCUAAAAAGAACAGACUGUACUGAUGGCGGUUCGCAUCGUCUUCGGCGCGACUUGUAGUUUAAUGCGGCCAUUGACAGUUUCUGAGUUUCGUUGAAGCUGUUGCACGGUUUGUGUCGUGAUGUCAAAGGGAAAGGUUUCGGCGGAAUGGAGGAAACGGGUGAAAUCGGAAUAUAUGCGCUUACGGCAAAUGAAACGCUACAAGCGUGCGGACGAGGUCAAAAUUGCAUGGAACCAGAAUCGCAAAGCUAUGACAGAGCUUCUUGUGGCUGAACAAAAACGUUGGGCCGAUGGAAAGGCCAUGUGGUUGGCUAUGCAAGAUAUUCCACCUCAUCUUUCUUGUAUGAAGAAAGCAGAGAUUACUAGCUCAGAUGGCGAUGUGCAAACAUGCCCUAUCAAAAUAAUUAACGCGGUCACUCCUAUACCAACUAUGUAUACAUGGGCACCUAUUCAACAGAAUUUUAUGGUAGAAGAUGAAACUGUUUUACAUAAUAUUCCUUAUAUGGGUGAUGAGAUCUUGGAUCAAGAUGGUACUUUUAUCGAGGAACUUAUCAAGAAUUAUGAUGGAAAAGUACAUGGUGACAGAGAAGCUGGUUUUAUGGAUGAUUCUAUUUUUGUCGAUUUGGUGAAUGCACUGAUAAAUUAUGAAAAAGAAGAUAAAGAGAAGGAGCAAACAAGAAAGGGAAAAGAACCUUUGAGAGAAAAAGACAACCAAAAAGAAGAUGAGAGAAAAGAUGUUGAUGGAAAGUGCGAAAUAAAGACAGAGAAAAAUGAAAAUGGAAAACCAAUAAUUGUUCCAUUUCCAUCAAUGCAUAUAUUCAAUGCAAUAUCAAGCAUGUUUCCUGACAAAGGCAGACCUGAAGAAUUAAAAGAAAAGUAUAUUGAAUUAACAGAAAGAUCAGAUCCAAAUGUUUUACCUCCAGAAUGUACACCUAAUAUAGAUGGUAUAAAUGCAAAAAGUGUACCUAGGGAACAGACAAUGCAUUCCUUCCACACUUUGUUCUGCAGGAGGUGCUUCAAGUACGACUGUUUCUUACAUCCAGCCAGGGGGACUUCGCCGCAAGGUCUGCAAGUUUGCCACCCGGGACCUAAUUUGCUAAAACGGAAAGGGCCUGAUUUGAAACCAUUCUCGGAACCGUGCGGGACAGAAUGUUACAUGCAUCUGGAGGGAAUGAAAGAGAAACUAGCAGCACAAGCAGCAGACAUAAAGGACGAUGAAGGCGAUGAAAAACGCGGUGGCCCUCCAAGAAAAGUACGAAAGCAAGCAAGCGUUGAUUCGGGAAAUGAAGCGAGCAGUGAAGAUAGCAAUGAUAGUAAUAAAUAUGGUCAAGGAGGUGGUUGUCAAGAUUUUAAACAGAAUGUUAAUAAAGACACCAGGUCCGAAGUAAUAAUGGAAGAUCAAGCGCAGCCGGAAAACCAAACGCCUUUCACUCUGUUGGGUCUUGAUAUUAAGAUGGACAAUAAAUUCACAUGGACAGGUUCUGAGCAGAGCUUAUUUCGUGCUCUACACAAAGCGUUUCCCGGUAAUCCGUGUGCGUUAGCGCAAAUCAUGUUAACAAAAACGUGUAAAGAAGUUUACGAAUUUGCGCAAAAAGAAGCUUCGGACAUCCCAGCUAUAGAAAAUCUCAAGGACUUCACACCGCCACGAAAGAAGAAGAAGAAGCAUCGUUUGUGGUCGAUGCAUUGUCGAAAAAUACAGCUUAAAAAGGACUCAGGUGCUAAUCACGUGCAUAAUUUUGCACCUUGUGAUCAUCCUGGUCGUGCAUGUGAUAACUCAUGUCCAUGUAUACAAGCACAGAACUUCUGCGAAAAGUUCUGUCAGUGCAGUAGUGAAUGCCAAAACAGAUUUCCCGGAUGUAGAUGCAAGGCACAGUGCAAUACAAAGCAAUGUCCUUGUUACCUGGCCGUCAGGGAAUGCGAUCCGGAUCUCUGCCAAACCUGUGGCGCAGAUCAAUUCCAAAUCACGAGGAUAUCUUGCAAGAACGUCAGCGUACAACGUGGUCUUCACAAGCAUCUAUUGAUGGCACCAUCUGACGUAGCGGGAUGGGGAAUUUUCUUGAAAGAAUCAGCAGCAAAGAAUGAAUUUAUAUCAGAAUAUUGCGGUGAAAUUAUUAGCCAAGACGAAGCUGACAGGAGAGGGAAAGUAUAUGACAAAUAUAUGUGUAGUUUCCUUUUCAAUCUCAAUAAUGAUUUUGUCGUAGACGCGACUCGAAAAGGAAAUAAAAUAAGGUUCGCUAAUCACUCGAUAAACCCCAACUGUUAUGCAAAAGUGAUGAUGGUGAACGGCGAUCACAGAAUAGGUAUUUUUGCCAAGAGAGCAAUUCAGCCUGGUGAAGAAUUAUUUUUUGACUAUAGAUAUGGACCAACGGAACAACUCAAAUUUGUCGGCAUCGAACGAGAAAUGGAAUUCCUGUAAUAUAUAUGU